AUGAACGAUAAGAGGAGAGCGAUACGUACCUCAAUUCCAUCUGCAACACAUGAAUUUCGACAAGAUCUGCAACGACGAGAACAGUUAAAUGAAUUAGAAAAUGAUGAGAAUCUUGAGCCUGCCGAGAGAAGAAAGAACCAACGAUGCAUACUUGAUGAAUUUGAUCGUUUGUUUUCAUUAUUGUAUCCGGUGAGUAUAUCACCUUGUAGAUAUAUUCAUAUCACAGAACAAAUUGAAAUUUGA